UCCGCCAAAGUGGCAAGUUUAAAUAAUUGACCCCACCGUUCCACCUCGUGCAAACAAUUUACAUACGUAAAUAACGGCUUCUUUCAUCCUCCUUUUGUAUUGUGAUCACGCGUGGAAACAUCACGCGAAUUCGUCCUCGCGUGGCAACGAUCGAAACGAGAAACAUAAAUAAUAAAUACGAAAUAAAUUGUUUUUUUUUUUUUUUUUUUUUUUUCACUUCAUCCGAUUACGAGUGAAAGAAAUCGCAAUAAGUGACGCGAUAAAGGGUGCAUACGAGAAUUUAAUCUUGAAAGAGGAUCCUGCUUUUAAACAUUUCACCGAUCGUUUUAUUCGAAACAUACUUUUAUCUCGAUUUUACUUGUGAUUUUGGAAAUCAUCGAUUAGAAAUUUGUGAAACGAUUGGUGCAAAACGGCGAAAACUUGAGAUCGAUAUUUGUCCCUUGAGUGAGGUGAAGGAACCACAAUUGAAGUUUUUAGAAUGUUUCUAAUCUAGUGACAAAACUGGCCACGACGGAUAUCCCAUGGAUCAAACGGUGAUCGUCCCGUCGACUCCUCGGGGAAGCGCCGUGGACAACUCGAGGAUCGCGAUGAAGAACGAGACAGAUUCGAGUAUUCACAUUCAAGAUCAAUCCACCGUUUCGAACUCUGGUCCAACGGUGGUCCCUCGAGCCAAUUUAACCAUCGCCAACCCUCUGUCUCAGGAUCAGAGUUUAGACUCGUUGAUGUGCGGCCAAUCGAGCACCGAAUUGCCGAGGAAGCCUGGAGCUCGGCGCCAGGAGAAGCCACCUUACUCUUACAUAGCGCUGAUAGUGAUGGCGAUCCAGUCGAGCCGUGAAAAGAGAUUAACCCUUUCGGAGAUUUACUCGUUUCUCCAGCAACACUUCCCCUUCUUCCGUGGCGCUUAUCAAGGAUGGAAGAACUCCGUCCGUCACAAUCUCAGCUUGAACGAGUGCUUCAUCAAGCUUCCAAAGGGUUUGGGCAGGCCUGGCAAAGGUCAUUACUGGACCAUCGACCCCUCCACGGAGUACAUGUUCGAAGAGGGAAGCUUCCGCCGGCGGCCACGAGGCUUCCGUCGCAAGUGCCAAGCGCUGAAGCCUCAGUACCCCCAAUACUUUUCCGGAGGCGGGCCUGUGAGCGUCCAAACAGCCGGAUACGAGAACUUGGCACCCGGUGCAAUGGAAUACGCGAACGGUUAUCAAAACCAGUAUCAAAAUUACCAGGAAUACGCGAUGUACGCGCCAGGUGCCGCGGUCUCGGCCGAUUGGCCCUACCCCGAGGCAACGUAUAAAACGCCCCCCAUUGCGGAAGUGACCUACAAGACUACGGAGGUCACGUACAAAACUGGGGAAUCGUCUGUGUACAGGAAUGGAGAAAUAGUGGCGUUCAAGAGCGAGCCUGGGUACGUGGCGAGGAGUCAGGAACAAUUGACUUACAGAGCCGCGGAUGGAUUCUCCGUCAAGGAUCACCAGCAACAUCAUCCGGAACCAGUUUACAAGGAGAACGAGACUAUGAUGUCCUACAAGUGCCCGUCUAAUCCCGCGCCUACCACUCAGCCACCCGGCCAGGAUUAUUACGUCGGUUACGGCCUUGCUGGGGUCAAUAAUACCGGAAACAACGUUAAUGUUGGUAUGCAGGGAAUGCAGGAACAAACUGGGAACAGUAGUCCUGUGGGGAACGUGAAUUCACCGCACAGCGGAUGCCAGACACCUGUGACAGAUAAUAGUAUAAAGAUGCAAUGCUCGAACUCGAAUUCGAACAGUUCGGGAGGCGGGCUGAUCGAUCGUAAACCAUCCUACUUUGGCCAUCCAGCCGGAUCGGUUACCUUGAGCUCGUUAAGCUCCCUAAGUUCGCUAAAUUUGAGCAACAUCGGUGGAUUGAGCAGCGGAUUGAGUAUAUCGAAUAUACCUGGCGCAGUUUCGUCCAAUAUCCAUCACACGGCGACCAGCACACCUCCAACGACAAUGUAUUACGACCCGAUUAAAUACAGUAUGUCGAACGUGUGACGAUCUGGAAGAAAAAAAGGAAGGAGAAGAAAAUUGUAUUGUUGCAACGUUAAUUAUUUUGAAACAGUGCGAUAAAUCGAGAUAAGAUCCUCGAGACAUUAUGAAGGUGAAUUCGAAAUCUAUUCAAGCGAAGAAUGUUAAAAGUUAUGAAGGAGAAAGAAGGAGUCUCUGUUUUUUAAACGAUUGCUUCGUCAAAGUGUAUAUUGAGAUUUUUAUUUAUAUUUAUAGUUAUACGAAUAAAUGUUAUUAAUUUAAGUUACGUUCAUCGCGAAUCAAUUCGAUAAAA